UUUUCUUCCUCCCAUGCCUAGAACAACAUAGGAACCCCACCGUUCUACUAUAAUCCUAUAAAUAUGCUGUUAACUAUCCAAGUCCAUCCUAGUGAAGUAAAAAACGCAUCUUGCUUGAAACAAGGUUCUUUCUGUAGAGGGGAAAAUGUAGUCGAAAACCCUACAAAGACAAAGCCAUUCCAAUUUUGCUUGCAUGUGAUAAUGCUAGUGCUUCUCGUUCCUAACGUUCACUGUCAUCCUCUGCUCACUUGUGUACUAAUUUAAUGUCCGCUGCUACUGUCCGCGCUGCCUCAUCCUCCAGAGUUUGAAAUUUGAAGGAGGGUGAAGACAGAGAGCCUUGGGAAGGCGAGGAGGAGCCAUUAAAAGCUGGGGUGACUGCAACGCCUGGGUCCUGGUGAGGGGGACUUUUCGUCGAACGCCCUGUCUGUUGCGCUGCUGUUUGAUGCGGAGUUGAGCGAGCGAGGAAGGAGUUUUGAUGGGAAGUAGGGGAUCGUCGGACGCGCCACAGAGGACGUCUCCCCGCGCGCCGCUGCACCUGCGGAGCACCGCCUGCUCCGAGGCCAAUAGCGCGCGCCGCCGGGCGGCUACGGCCGUCGACGGCGGCGCAAAGGUGUCCCCUCGCGGGGGACCACAGGAGCAGAGGAAGCGGACCACGAGGGCGGCGGAGCUGGAGACGAAGCUGAGCAAAGCGCAGGUGGAGCUCAAGAAGCUGAGGGAGCAGCUGGCCGAGGCGGAAGCCGCCAAGCGCGAAGCGGAGCGAGCCCUUGUGAAGGCCAAGAAGCGUGUCCCUGCUGCUGCCUUGGCCAAGAAAAGAAAAGAGGAGCAGCUUGCUCUUUCUCGGGAUUCUCAACCGGAAGGUGUUCGAAAAAAUGACACAGUGGAGGAGAGCGUCACUUCGCCGGCGACGAUGGAUGUGUUUGAAGUGGUAGUGCCGUCUGAGUCCGUUCUCACAGAGGAUGAAGCUGACAGCGAGCAAAAGAAAGAGGGGGAGGAGAAGGAGAAGAAGGCAAUGAUCGACAAAACAGAGAGGAGCGAGAACAAUGAAAGUGCUGCUGCAGCAGUGGAGGAAGCAGAAGGGCGGAAGAAAGAGGAUGAGAAGAUGAACGAGGAGGAUGAAAUCGGCAUCUGGAAAGCCAAGCUUUUGGAGAAGGAAAAGGAAGUGGCAAUCCUGCUGGAAGAAAACGCAAUCUUUAAGACCAGAGCAGAGGAGGAAGCCAAGCAAAUUGCAGACUCUGCUCGAUCCAAACAAGAAGAACUCACGGCAAAGCUGAAUUCAAUGGCGGAACAACUCAAAGAAAGUAAAACCAAAGAGAAGCAGCUGGCGGCGCAACUGGAGACGGCUGAAGGAGCCAAAGCAACACUGGAGAUGGAACUGAAGCGGCUGAAGGUGCAAACCGAGCAAUGGCGGAAGGCAGCCGAAGCCGCGGCAGAAGCUCUGGCAACUGGAGAUGCCGUCGGAGGUGAUGAAAUGGGUGGGAGGAAGGUGGCGGAGCGCUGCAGGUCUAUGGACAAACACGUCGGAGGUGGCGGCUACGGCAUCUGGGGAUCACCGUUGACAGAUGGAGAUGACGUGGACGACGAGGAUGGCGGCGGUGGGAGAAAGAAGGGUACGGGCGUGCGGAUGUUCGGAAACCUUUGGAAGAAGAACCAGCAAAAGUGAGGCGACACCAGUUUGUAUCAUCAGUCCCUUACUCCCUUGCUCUGUUCUUCCCUAUCAGUUCGUUUGCUGUUUGUGUUACAGAAUGUUUUUUUUCAAGGGAUUGCCAAUGUGUUGUUGGCCUUCGGAACUCAUGGAUCACAUUUGGAGCUUGUUUGUAGUAUGUAAGAUGGAGGAUCUUUGGAUUCGGUUCCAUUGGUAGCAUAUAUCAGUUUCCAACUUUGUGAAUUCAUCAGCAAAGUGAUAUGUACUUUAAUCUCAUGAUGUGUGUAAACAAUUUGCUUCAGCACUAGGAAUAGAGUUCAAAUAAAGCAGGUUUCCAACCAUUGCAGAUUUCUUAA